AGCCCCGCAUAGAAGUUCUUGCGGAGUAAGAGGCAUAAACAUUAGGUAUGCAUUAGACAUAGUCAUGUGGGAUAAUAGUCUGGUUUUCAGACCUCGCGGUGUCUUCUCCAACUUGGAUCAUCUCCAUCCCCGCUCCGCCUGCCUCCGAAAGGGAUUCUCUUUUAAACCUUCAUCGGGGUUUUCUUAUGUAAUCUCAACUUUAGGUACCUACCUAAGUCUUAGUAACUUUAAUACUUGAGCUAUCAAUACGGUACUGCCUAUAUUUACUCGGAAUCCUAGUAGGAACUUGCGAUGAACAUAUUCGAGACUCUAUUCCAUGCUAGACCCCUGUCUCAAUUCUACUCCAGGUGACUCUUAUUAGAAGUCAUAUGGCUUCUCGAAAAUCAAGUUCUCUGACACCUUUUUCCCAUCGCUCACUUACCAUCUGUUGUGUAUAAACCCCAAAGAUGUUCAAGCAGUACGAAUAUAUACCAACCAACUAUGUGUUGGACACUUCGCACGAGACUAGCUCGGAGAAGACUCCCUCCCUAACACUCCUCUCCAAAGGCAAGAAUAGCCACGAGACGUGCAAUUUCAGAUUCGAAGCGCUGCGUCCAAAUGUAUUUCGCACCACUUUCACAACCGCUCAACACCUAUUACCACCACAUCCCAGCGCAAAGCGUCCGGGACCUAUCCUUGGCGGUGUUACUCCCGAGAUCAAUGUUAACGUGGAUAAACGUUCUCAAACUAUAAAACUCGGAUACGUCAAAGUUGAUCUUAAUUGGUCAAACACACCAAUUGUCUCUCUCUUUCUAGAUGACCAGCAGAAGCCGAUCCACCGUGACCUAGACUUCCGAUCAUACGCUGUGGAUGGCUCCGGCAUUGCUCAUUACACGACUUACAAGUCGGAUAGUCUGCAUGUCGGACUCGGAGAGAAGGCCGCACCAAUGGAUCUAAGCGGUCGGGGGUUUAAUAUAACAGCAAGUGAUACCUUUGGAUACGAUGCCUACCGGACGGACCCCUUGUACAAGCAUAUCCCUCUAUUGAUCAAUGUCACUCCCAAUGGCUGCGUGGGCAUUUUUUCGACUUCUCAUGCCCGAGCGACUUGGGCUGUUGGAUCCGAAUUAGAUGGAAUGUGGGGUCACUACAAGGUCUAUCGGCAGGCUCACGGUGGGCUUGAAGAGUACCUCAUCGUUGGGAGGACAGUGGCGGACAUUGUUCGAUCUUAUGCCGAACUGGUAGGCUUUCCAUUGCUUGUCCCUCGGUACAUGAUGGGCUACAUCGGUGGCGGCAUGAAAUAUAGCAUGGAAGAUUCUCCGCGCGCUUGUGACUCGAUCCUCAACUUUUUCAAGAACUGUGAAAAACAUGGUAUGCCGUGCUCAGCUUUCCAGAUGAGCUCGGGAUAUACAGUAGCCGAAACCGAGCCCAAGACUAGGAAUGUUUUCACUUGGAACCAUCACCGUUUCCCGGAUCCGCGGGAAUUCACACGCCAGUGCCACAAGCAUGGUGUUCGUCUUCUAGCGAACGUUAAGCCGUAUGUCCUCGCAAAUCAUCCGGCGUAUGCAGAGCUUUCGCAGUCUGGUGCUUUCUUCAAGGACCCGAAUACUUCAACUACUGCAGUCACGCGACUUUGGAGCGCCGGGGGAGGAGAGAGUGGAGAAGGUAGUCAUCUUGACUUCACAUCCAAGGCGGGAUACAACUGGUGGUAUAAUGGGGUAAAGGCUCUUAAGGAGGUUGGGAUCGAUGCCAUGUGGAAUGAUAAUAACGAAUACAACCUCCCUAACGACGAUUGGCAAUGCGCUCUCGAGACUGUCACCGUACCGCCCGGUGAAUCUCGUAAACAUGUUGGACUCUGGGGUAGAGCACUACAUACCGAGCUCGUGGGGAAGAGCUCUCAUGAUGCGACAAUUGAAGCCGAACCAGAGGUCCGUCCAUUUGUUCUCACUCGUAGCGCGACAGCAGGUACCAUGCGAUAUUGCGCCAGUUCGUGGAGCGGCGACAACGUAACAAGCUGGGAAGGGAUGAAAGGUGCAAAUGCGUUGGCGUUAAACGCAGGUUUCUCUCUACUUCAGUGCUAUGGCCAUGACAUUGGCGGGUUCGAAGGUCCUCAGCCGACGCCAGAGCAUCUCGUUCGUUGGAUACAACUUGGCAUCCACUCACCACGGUUCGCUAUCAAUUGUUACAAGACCAAUCCAGACGAUAACUUGAUAGGCGAGGUCAUUGAGCCGUGGCAAUAUCCAUCCGUAACGCCAAUUAUUCGAGACGCGAUACAGCGCAGAUACGAAUUAGUGCCGUAUACGUACUCCCUCAUGCUGAAGUCCCAUCGGGAGGCAAUUCCGCCUCAACGAUGGACCGGCUGGGGUUAUGAGUCUGACCCUAUAGUUUGGACUAAGGAGCUACUCAAAGGGGACUCGCAAUACUGGUUCGGGGAUGCUCUACUCAUCGCAGGCGUCUAUGAACCCGGAGUCUCAAGUGCAAAGGUCUAUCUCCCAAAUCAAAGCGGGAGCGAUCCGGGGUUUUUGAACAUUUCGGCGCCGUAUCAAUACCUCGAAGCCGGUAGGUGGCACGAGAUUUCUUCGACUUGGCAUAGCUCGAUCCCCGUUCUUGCGCGCAUCGGGUCUGCUAUCCCUAUAGGAAAACCCAGGCCGACUACAUGUCUCGCCGAUGAGGACCCGGAAUUCCCAGGUAUGGGGAAUGAUGAUUACCGAGCGGUUGAGGUCUUCCCUCCGCCACUAGCUCAAUACCCUCACUGGCCUAAGGGCAAUGAACUCUCAGCGUCUGCCAACACGCUCGCGGAGACGAAAUGGUUCCACAACACAUGGCUUGAGGACAAUGGUGUAAGUCCCGUGGAAAAGCCAACGCUCUGCGAGAUUAGUAUUUCCUACGGCGCAUCAAGCGACGAGAUCCGCGCCAAAGUAGAAUUACAAAAAUACAGCCAAUUCGAGCCGUUGUGGGUUAAGAACGGCGUCACUUUGGUGUUACCCGUUGGCGAAGAACGCCCUGUUAAAUCGGAAAACAGCGGGGAUCUUCAGGACUUGGGACGCGACGAGAAAGGUCGGCGCAUCUGGAAAAUUGGCAUUGAUGUGAAGAGUUCCUAGAGGAAAUGUUGCAGUAAAGAGAGGUGGGCUUAUUUAGAAACUUAUAGUAUUCAAUUCGUAGCAAGAUGAAAAGCACCCGGAUACUUAGGUAGUGACCUGGUGAGUGAUAGGCGCUAGAAGUUAUUCCCGCUUGUUUCUACAUAGCGGCAUGGGAUGCUACAUUGCUACAAGUAUGGAAAAGUCCCGCAUUUUUAACAUCUAAGCAUCAGUGGUUUAGUGGUAAAAU